AAGAAUGGAGAAUACUUUACGUAAACAAGUGCUAUUCGUGAGUUCGAAGCUUUUAAUAAUCGCAGUGGUUUCCCUGACUUUGGGUUCUGUCAACGUUACGCCAGCGAAUUAUGAAUACUCCAUGAGAGUGUACAACGUCGGGGUUCUCAUGGCUUCUCAUUUAAGUAGCCCUUUCGAUUUGGAAAGAUGCGGCCCAGCCGUUGAUUUGGCUUUAGCCGAAGUAAACGAUUUUCUGAGCAUCCACAAUGUGAAAUUGCGCAAGGUGCAAGGAAGCUAUCCAUCAUGCAGUGGAUCUGCAGCACCAGGUUUAGCUGCCGAUAUGCAUUUCCAGGCGAACGUGAUCGCGUUUAUCGGUCCAGCUUGUGCUUUCGCCCUGGAACCUGUGGCAAAACUCGCCGCCUAUUGGAACACUCCUAUAAUCACUGGAAUGGGUGACCAACCGCCAUCAGAAGAAGAAGAACUAUCCGUAACGUCGGGUAUCCUUGGAAGAAUCAAUAAAUGGAAAAAUGAAAGCUCGGGAAUUUUCAAGGAUAGAAGCAAAUAUCCAACGCUCACAAGGAUGUCCUAUUGUCAGUGUCGACUUCGAUUGGUUUUCUCUAGCAUUUUUAAAGAAUUUGGAUGGUCGCACGUAGCGUUGAUCUUGGAUAGAUCCGAUUUAUUUUCGUGGACAGUUGGGAAAAAUUUGGAAUACGGCUUAAGGAAAGAAGGAUUGUUGAAAUUUGUAAGAGAAAUCGAUGGAAAUUCCGAGGACGAGUCGUAUAAUUUUUAUUUGCGUGAUGCUAGUAUGUAUGCACGAGUGUUGAUUCUUAGUGUCCGGGGAACAUUGGUUAGAAAAUUUAUGUUGGCUGCUCAUGAUUUAGAAAUGACAAGAGGAGAUUGGGCAUUCCUUGACGUUGAAAUAUUUCAAGGUUCUUACUGGGGUGAUCACGAUUGGGAAGUUCGUGAUGAGGAUGACAGUAUCGCUAGGAAAGCGUACGAGGCAUUGCUCAGAGUGUCUCUUUUACAACCCACCAGUCCGAGAUUUCAAGAUUUUGCUGAAACUGUUCGCCAACGAGCUCAAACUGACUACAAUUAUUAUUUUUCAGAAGGAGAAGAGGUAAAUUUCUUUAUCGGAGCUUUCUAUGAUGGCGUAUAUUUGCUGGGGAUGGCAUUGAACGAAACUCUGUCCGAGGGUGGAGAUAUCACAGACGGCAUAUCGAUAACGAGGAGGAUGUGGGACCGAGACUUCAUUGGUAUUACUGGGCACGUGAGGAUCGAUGACAAUGGAGACCGCGACGCGGACUACAGUAUCCUGGAUUUAGAUCCUAUCACGGGAAGGUUCGAAGUAGUCGCGCACUAUUUAGGAUUAAAUCGAGAAUAUAAUCCUGUGACUGGAAAGAAAAUUCAUUGGCCUGGAGGAAGAGAAGGCCCCCCUGCUGAUAUUCCUGAAUGUGGAUUUCUGGGAAACGAUCCUGCUUGCACAUCCAGGACUGAAGCUUAUACUUUUGUCGCGUAUACUAGCUUGGCUCUUGUUGUGUUUCUUCUUGUUGCUGUUACUGCAAUCUGUGUAUUGUACAGACAUCUGAGAGUGUCGGCUGACCUGAACAACAUGUCCUGGAAAAUCAGACCAGAGGAACUACUUCUGGAAAUAGGGAAACCUUUCUCUUCGAAGAUCAAUCUACACCAAACGAUAGCCGAGGUGAAUGCAACUGAGUCAAAUAAAGAAAACGUAAUAAAAUCAGUCUUGCCGUUACAGAAUUUUGGAUUGGAGCAGCAUAUUCGCCGUGAGUCACAAUUCAGCUGUGAAUCCUUACCUACAACUACAGUAUUCACCACCGUUGGAAUCUAUAAGGGAGAAAGAGUGGCUAUUAAGAAAAUUACUAAAAAGAAGGUAGUUGACGUCACCAAGAAAUUGUUGUGGGAAAUUAAACAAGUUCGGGAUGUUACUUCAGAAAAUACCGUCAGGUUUAUCGGUGCAUGCUUCUGUUCUCCAUCACCAACGGUGUUGAUCUUGACAGAGUAUUGCCCCCGAGGUUCCUUGAAAGAUGUCCUAGAGAACGACGCUAUUAAAUUAGAUUGGAAUUUUCGAAUGUCUUUAAUCCACGACAUCGUCAAGGGAAUGUCUUAUCUCCAUGCCAGCGAGGUUUCAGCACAUGGAAAGCUUCGGUCUUGUAAUUGCUUGAUCGAUGGCCGUUUCGUCUUGAAAAUUUCAGACUUUGGCCUCAAAACACUCACAACCCCGUCUGAUUUGAUAAUGGACGAUAAUUAUUAUACCAAAUUACUUUGGAUCGCGCCGGAACUUUUACCGUUAACUGUGACACCUGGCAGCGCAGCGACUCAAAAAGGGGAUGUUUACAGUUUCGCGAUCAUUUUAGAAGAAAUUGUGAUCCGUGGUGGCCCGUAUGAAUCUGUGAAAUCGUUUAUGACUUCCCAAGAGAUCGUCGGCCGCGUUGCAGCUUCAGAGAUGCCACCAUUCAGACCGGAAGUAACACCAAAAGACUGCCCGCCGGAUAUCCUAUCCCUCAUGGAGAAAUGCUGGAACGAAAUCCCAGAGGAACGACCAACAUUUCACGCAAUUCGCGAAACUAUACGUAGCAUUAUGAAGGGUUACUGUGAGAAUUUAAUGGACGAUUUAUUGAGGCGUAUGGAGCAAUAUGCGAAUAAUUUAGAAGCCCUCGUGGAAGAGAAAACGGAACAAUUAAGCCUAGAGAAACGACGUAGCGAAGAACUUUUGUAUCAAGUGCUUCCAAGACAAGUGGCGUGUCAACUAAUGGCUAGAGAGCUGGUACAACCAGAGCAAUUCGAGUGCGUGACAAUUUAUUUCAGUGACAUAGUUGGCUUCACAGCUCUCUGCGCGCAAAGCACACCAAUGGAAGUGGUAGAUUUUUUAAACGACCUUUACAGCACUUUCGAUCGUAUCAUCGAAUUCUACGAUGUUUACAAGGUGGAAACAAUAGGAGAUGCAUACAUGGUGGUGUCUGGCCUGCCAGAAAGAAACGGCGACGAACACGCGAGGGAAAUUGCCCUAAUGGCUCUAGCGAUUCUUGUUUCUGUACGUUCCUUCACCAUAAUGCAUAAACAAAAUGCGCAACUCAGUGUCAGAAUUGGCGUACACAGUGGGCCAGUUUGCGCAGGUGUAGUUGGCAAAAAAAUGCCACAUUAUUGUCUUUUCGGUGAUACAGUAAACACUGCAUCGAGGAUGGAAUCCUCGGGACUACCAUUACGCAUACAUAUUUCUGAAGCAACGAAAUGUAUAUUGGAUAAAUUUGGAACGUUCGACUUGGAGCUCAGAGGCGAAGUGGAAUUAAAGGGGAAGGGACGAGUCAUUACUUACUGGUUAAAAGAUUGCUCCGAACCAGAUCCAAGGCUACCGACACCGAAAUACCGCAAACAUAGCAUCAGUACACCAGAAAAUAAUUUAAAUCCCCUAAUCUUCCCGCCUAACAAUACAAAUGGUCCAAAAGCCAACAACAACACUUUCAUUAAUUUAUCAGAAUUACAACAGACCGUAUAAUUUUCGUAAUUUGA